AUGGCCGAUAGUAAGACCGUCAACGGCAACUAUGGGGCUCAAUACCCGUACGGCCAGGCUGAAUCCUUCGUCCCAUCCCAAGGCCUGAUCGCGUCGAAUGGCAAUACCCCAGCCGGAGUAUCUGGUGAAGAUGCGGCUGCUACGACAGCACCGACUUCUUCCGAACCUACUGGCGCCGUUGAAGCCAACAAAGCUCCUUCCAAGGAUGAGGUCGGAUGGUACUUUGUGGAAUCGUAUUACACGACUCUCAGCAAGAACCCGGAAACGCUCUAUCUGUACUACAACAAACGGUCUCAAUUCGUUUCGGGGGUCGAAACGCAGAAAGUUGACGUCUCCGUCGGCCAGCGGGCCAUCAAUGACCGCAUAAAGCAACUGGACUUCCAAGACUGUAAGGUCAGAGUAUCCAAUGUAGACUCCCAGGAGUCUUUCAACAACAUUGUCGUCCAGGUUAUUGGGGAGAUUAGCAACAAAGCGGCCGCGCAUCGAAAGUUUGUCCAAACAUUCGUUCUGGCAGAGCAACCGAAAGGGUACUUUGUACUCAACGACAUCUUUCGGUACAUUCUGGAAGACGAGGAAGAGGAGAUGGAGAACGGGGAGGUACCCGAGGAGGCUGCCCCCAGUCAGGCUCUCGAGCCUGAGCCCGAAUCAACAACCUUGACUAGCUCUGCUGAUCCGGUCCAACAAGAGCACGAUGCCGAGCAGAUUGACAGGAAGCUGGAGGAGGAAGUUUUCCAGAAACCAACGUCAGACGAGGUUCUCCCCGCUGAUGCAACACCAGCGAACGGCCAUACCCCUACUGAGGCCGUUGAUGUUGCUGAGGACGCCCCUGCCGCUGCUCCAGCGGUAAAGGAAGUGGACGAAGAAGUUGCAGAUGCUCCUGAGCAGACAGCAGAGAUAGCGGCCGUCGAGGACGAAGCACAGCCAGAAAAACCUCGGGACCCAGAACCUACACCGAUUGCUUCUCCACCUAAGCCUGCCAAAGCAGCUCCGGUGGAGUCUGCAGCCUCUGCAACAGCUGCGGCACCUCCAAAGCCUGCUGCCCCAAAGACAUGGGCAAAAUUGGUUGCUGCUAACCGCGUCGCUGCACCAGCUGUGCCGAACGGUGCCUCUUCCAGCAAUUCGACUGCCACACCUCCUGCACCUCAGUCCAAAGCCGCUCCAUCCUCCACAAACCGAUCAGUCACUCCUCCAACAACAUCAAAUGAGGAUUCUCCAGCCAAGACACAGCAGAAUGCCAAUAGUGGCUGGCAGAUGGCAGGUUCUGACAACAGUAAGAAGCAAGGCCGUCAGCACUCUCAGUCAGUAUCUGGGAGCCAGGAGAACGUUCUGGGCUACGUGAAGAACGUCACCGACAAAGUUGAUGCGUCUAUUCUCAAGACCACGCUAGCUCAGUAUGGUAAAUUGGUGUAUUUCGAUGUCAGCCGUCCGAAGAAUUGUGCUUUUGUGGAAUUUGCCGACGCAGCUGCCUACAUUGCUGCUGUCGCCGCUAACCCUCAUUCUAUUGGAGGCGAGCAGAUCUACGUCGAAGAGCGCCGACCCCGUGCGAACGCGUAUGGAGGCAACUUUGCGGGAAGAGGGGGGAUGCGUGGUGGUCGUGGAGGUAACGAGGGCCGUCCAGGAAGCAGUUCGGGAAGGGGUGGCUUUCCAAAGGAUGGAGGCCGCGGUGGUUAUUCUCGUGGCGGACCGAGAGGCCGUGGUCAGCCUCCUGCUGCAUGA